GGACCUUCUUGUGUCAGAGAGAUUUUUGUUAGAGAGGAUGUCGGGGAACGAUGCGGCGGAGACAGCUAAAAUAGAGGUGUGGUGGGACAUGAAUGACUGUCCGAUUCCGGAGGGGUAUGAUGCUCGUCGGGUCCGUCCAAGUAUAGAAAGGGCGUUCAGAAAACUAGGCUACACUGGUCGUGUCUCCAUCACUGCCUAUGGCGACCAAAAAAAAACCCCUUGCCACGUCCUACGAGGGCUCUCUUCCACUGGAGUCGCUGUUGCACAUACCAAUUCCGAUAGCACGCGCUCAGUCAUGUAUCGGGAUAUGGUGGGAUGGCGAGACCAAAAUCCACCUCCGGCGACAAUGAUGAUCAUAUCCAAUCAGGUGGAAGGUGACUUAACCUGGGAUCUGGCCCGUCUACAACAGCGCACUAGAUACCACCUUUUUCUGGCUUAUUCAAUUAAGAGUAGCGAUGAUUUACUCCUCGUCUGUUAUGCAAAUUGGCGCUGGGAGCAAUUACUAGAAGAAGAAGAAGGAGGCACACCACCACUUGUGACGUGUGGAUUAUUAUCUGCUGCCAUGUUUUAUUGCAAAUCGUGCAAUUUCGAUUGCCAAAGCAUGGAGAAAUUCAGGAAGCAUCUCUCCAGUUAUAAGCAUGGACUGGAAGAGGCUAUAAAUCCUCCGGACACACAACUGUUAUGUGUAACGAAGGCGUGGGCAAGGACCUACCCGGCCACGCCUCAACACGCCACAGCUAAAAUACAUGUGUUGUGGGACAUGAAUGACUGCCCUAUUCCGGAAGGGUACGACGCUCGUCGGGUCCGUCCAAGUAUAGAAAGGGCGGUCAAGGAAAUAGGCUACACUGGUCCUGUCUCCAUCACUGCCUUUGCAGACCAAAAAGAAACCCCUGAUCACCACCUUCUAGCGCUCUCUUCCACUAGAGUCGAUUUUGCACAUACCCUUUUCUGGGUCAAAUACAGUCGCAUGAUUACAGAAUUUGAGGAAUGGACAGAAGAUAAUCCUGCUCCGGCUACAAUUAUGAUCAUAUCGGAUGAAGUGGCUUCCAGCCAGUACCUUUCAUCACUUAUUUGCCGGAAACUACAAGAGAGUAACUACAACUGUUUUUUGGCUUAUUCAGUUAGGCCUUUUGAAAUGCCAAUCCUCCUCACUUCUGCUGAGUGGCUCUGGGAUAGCUUACUUUCAGUUUCAGAGACAAAAAGACACCUUCUUCACAAGUGCUGCAGCGGAAGUGAAAGUGUUGUUGAAUCUUCUGGUAUGUUUUACUGCCUAUUGUGUAUCUGUGAUUGCGAAAGCCUCGAUGAUUUCAAAAAGCAUCUCUCAAGUAAAGAACAUAUACAUGAGGACAACAUAAUGAAUUCGCAUUUUCAAUCUGCCCAUCGCCAGCGAAGGCUAUAUAAAAUAUCCAACUACCAUGAUGAGGUAGGAUAUUCUCCCAAGACCAAGCGUAUGAGGGAGGAUAACAACGAUUUUCUUAACACGAAGGUUCCAUGUGAUAUGAUCGUUCGCAUUUAGUGGACUUCUGAGAAAUGCUAAGUUUUGGAUAGUCAGGUCACAUUUGCGGUUCAGAGUGCGGUGAAAUCCGGCUACAACCAUAAGAACAUUCUCACACUUGUGCACAUCAAAGAAAGAGACAAAAACUAUACAAAAUAUAGCAAAGCGUGACAUCGACAUAUUUGUAAUUCUUUUGAGUUUUGCCAAACAAAAUUUAUGCUAUAAGAUUGUCAAAACCUCUAUAGUUACAUAAAGUCUGC